CUCUCAAUAUUUCAGAAAUAUAAUGACAGGGAAAGGUUCAGGGAAGACAGUGGUGAUCAUGAUAGAUACAAGAACAAGAGAAAAAGGCAUGACAGUGACCAGGGUGAAGAGUCAGAGAAAUUUAGAAAACUAUUUAUUGGUGGGUUAAGUUACGAUACCACUGAUGACGAGUUGAAAGAAUAUUUUGAAAAAUGGGGAGAAGUUGUUGAUUGUAUUGUGAUGAAGGAAACUGGAACACAAAGGUCUCGUGGCUUUGGAUUUGUGACAUACAGUGAGGCUAAAAUGUUAGAAGACUGCCAGGCAUGCAGACCCCAUGUGAUCAGUGGGCGUCAAGUAGAUACUAAAAGAGCAAUGCCUCGUAAUGCAGGAGGUGGCUCAAACACUGACAGUUUGAAGGAGUCAGUUUACAAGUUAUUUGUGGGUGGUAUAAGAGAUGUAACAACAAGUGACACUUUACGGGAAGAGUUUUCACAGUUUGGUACAGUGAAACAUGUGGAACUUAUGAUGGACAAAUUGACUGGCCGUCAUCGAGGAUUCGCAUUUGUCACAUAUGAAGAUUUUGAUUCUGUUGACAAAGCUGUUAUAAAGAAACAUUUAGAGAUUGAUGGGAAGAUGGUAGAAGUCAAGAAAGCCGAGUCCAUCUCUAGCAGGAAAAGUAAAAGGGAUCAUAUGGAUAUGAGAAUGAUAAAGGUAUGCAUUGCUUGUUUUAUUAGAGCUCCCUGA